GAGUGGGAUGGAGACAUGGAAUACAUUCUGCAUAACGACAGUGCAGCGUUUGUAGUAAGAGAGGACACUUCAGUCUGACUGGCAGCUGUGAAGCGUCUAAUACUCACGUCUUUUGGAUAUAGACCUUGACAUUUCUGUCAAAGAAACUAGACUGCUCCAAGAUGAGAAGGUGGAUUUACGCAUUUUCAUAUUUCCUUGUAGCUCUAUCUGAAUCCAGAGGUCCACCUGUGGAAAGCCGCUGCUCCGGGCGCGCGUGCAACCCGCGCAUGGGUAAUCUGGCAGUGGGCAGAUUUAUCAACACUCAGUCGGUGUGUGGUUCCAACUCCUCUGAACCAUACUGUUUCUUCAAACAAACUUUAUUCUCUCGCAGCAGUAUGGAUUUUUGCACUCAUUCAAAGUGUGACAAGUGCAACGCUGCCAUUCCCAGGCUGGCGCACCUUGCCUCGGCUAUGAGCGACUCGUCUUUCCGCUUUCCACACACCUGGUGGCAGUCGGCGGAGGGAGCGCAGGAGGAGACGUUGCAGCUGGACUUGGAGGCGAAGUUUUUGUUUACGCACCUCAUCCUAGUGUUCCGCUCCCCCCGCCCCGCUGCCAUGGCGCUGGAGCGCUCUCAGGACUUUGGCAAGACGUGGAGGACGCUCAAGUAUUUUGCCAAAAACUGCGAGGAGACGUUUGGACUUGUAGAGGGGCAGUCGUCAAUGGGAAAUGGGACCCCAUGCAGCUCCAAAUACUCAACAGCCUUCCCGUGUACCAGAGGAGAGGUUAUAUACCGGGCCUUAUCCCCUGGCAGCACACUGGACCCCUAUGGACCAGAUGCCCAAGAUCAGCUGAUGGUGACCAACUUGAGGGUGCGACUCCUACAGCGCCAGCCUUGUCCCUGUGAGGCCAAACACCCCAGAGCACUGCCCACAAAGCAUUAUGCAAUUUAUGAUUUUAUUGUGAAGGGGAGCUGCCUCUGCAAUGGACAUGCAGAUUACUGUGUGCCAGUCAACGGCCAGAAGAAGAAAAUGCACAACAUGGUCCAUGGGAAGUGUGUCUGUCGCCACAACACUGCCGGUGACCACUGCCAACGCUGUGCUCCUCUUUUCAAUGACCAACCCUGGCAGGCAGCCAAUGGCAUCACCGGGAGCCCACACGAGUGCCAGAAAUGCAAGUGUAGUGGCCAUGCUCAGAGCUGCCACUUGGACCGUAGGCUGUGGUUGGCAUCGGGUCGGAGAGGUGGAGGCGUGUGCGACAGCUGCCUCCACAACACUGGGGGGCGACACUGUCAGAUCUGUAAAAAAGGAUACUAUAGGGACCCAGCUCUACCAAAAACUGCCCCGGAAUCGUGCAAAGCUUGUUUGUGCCACCCUCUGGGCUCUGUCUCAGCUGGGGGUCCUGUCUGUAACCCCAGCAGUGGGGAGUGCACCUGUAAACCUGGAGUGGCUGGCCCCCACUGUGACAGAUGCAUGAUGGGAUACUGGGGACUUGGACAAUAUGGCUGCCGUCCCUGUGACUGCACAGGGGAUUGUGACCCCUAUACCGGCGACUGUCUUUCUGGCUCAGAUGAGGGGGUCUCAUUCUCAACCACUGGCCACCGCAGCAAUAACAGUGAGACGGCACUCUUCAGGCUAGAGGAGCUGUUCUCUGCACUGCACCACUCCGAGAAAUGUGAAUGUGUGGAGGCAACUCUCAGUAAUCCUAAGCUUUUCUGUGCUGCAGAGUACGAUUAUGUCCUGAUGGCAAAAGUAAUGGCUGCCCACGACAAAGGCUCCCAUGUUGAGGUGGAAGUGAACAUUAAAAAAAUCUUGUACAGUAAAGAGGAACUAAAAAUCCUGAAAGGCAGCAUCACCCUUUACCCUGAAUCAUGGACUAUCCAUGGCUGCACCUGUCCCAUACUCAACCCAGGAUCAGACUAUUUAGUUGCUGGACAUGAGGAUUGGAGGACUGGUCAUCUCAUUAUCAACUUGAAGAGUUUUGUGAAACCGUGGAAAACAAGUUUGGGACAAAAAAUUAUGGAAAUUAUCAGAAAAGACUGUACAAAACGGUAAUAAAAAUAUUGCAACUUUCUGACAUCUGUCACAGCAAAUCAUCUACCUCCAAGUAGAGUGUAGUAGUUCGCUUUAGUUUGGUUUGGUAUUUACACCAGAUGCCCUCCCUGAAGUUCUAUUUAUCCAGACUGGCACAAAGAAGACAUUGGCUUGUAAAACCACCGGGAAGUAAGACUGAAAUUAGUUUCAGUUUAAGUUGUUUGACAAUCAUCUGUGACACUAUAAAAAGUAAACAUGAUAUAUUUGGUGGAUGUACUGUACCAUACAAAAAGACAGUGUGGAAUGUUCAAGCCUCAGCAUACCUUGAAAAGAUGUGCUUGUAGAAUGCUGGAUCCAAGAAGCCAUGAGAACAAAGAGAGCCAUAAACACGUUGAUCCGUGCAAAACCCGCUGAAAUCCCAGUGACUUCAGGCAUGUUGUUUAUGAAAGGGAAGGAAUGCAUAGUCAAUUUGGAGUAAUAUUUCCUGGCUUUACUUUUUGACUCAAGGUGAUGAGCCUGAACACUGGGGCUGUGGUGUUUACUGCAAAAGCACCUUGUUGUCUCAUUGAAAUCAGUGAUAAAUCUUCAACCUGUGGAGGUCUGUUUACGUUACAUGCCCUUGGCAAAGAGUAAACUGUGCAGCGAAAACACCAAAAACUAUUUAAAAAAUCUGUUUAAAACUCUGCUUCAAAAUACAGCUCAGUAUAUCACCUCAUAUUGAUGCAAUGACUGACGCAUAAUGAAAGUGCAAUAUUAAUUUAACUGUUCUCUUUUUCAUCCAUUGUUACAUAUUAAAAGGAGUCACUUGUAUUGACUCUAGAAAAUUUCACAUACAAUACUUUUUUCAUCUUUGCCAAUUCAGAUAUUUACAUUUUAAAUACAUUUUAACGCAAUCAUGAUGAAUUGUUAUACUCUACAGUAACCUUCAGACUCUGUCCUCAGAAGAC